AUGCUCGGUGCCAUUGUGGUGUUGUUCGAGCUCGGUGCCAUUGUGGUGUUACUCGAGCUCGGUGCCAUUGUGGUGUUGCUCGAGCUCGGUGCCAUUGUGGCGUUGUUUGAGCUCGGUGCCAUUGUGGCGUUGUUCGAGCUCGGUGCCAUUGUGGUGUUGUUUGAGCUCUGUGCCAUUGUGGUGUUGUUCGAGCUCGGUGCCAUUGUGGUGUUGUUCGAGCUCGGUGCCAUUGUGGUGUUGUUCGAGCUCGGUGCCAUUGUGGUGUUGCUCGAGCUCGGUGCCAUUGUGGUGUUGUUCGAGCUCGGUGCCAUUGUGGUGUUGUUCGAGCUCGGUGCCAUUGUGGCGGCGGCCGGUGGGUUGGUGAGAUCCACUGGGGCUGUCCUCACAUGUGUAGUAGGCGUACCCAGAGUUCCAUCGGCUGCAAUGUGA